AUGAGGUGUUCAAGCAAGCCGUCGCGGGACCUUGUUUCCACAGGGGUCUGCGACAGGCGACAGCUCCCGGUUCCGGUGUAUGCCUCAGGCACUAACUCAAUCACCAAUCGCUCCAUCGUCAAUGGCUCGGUCCAUCGUGAGCUUCAAGACCAAGACCCAGCCGCUCGGAAGACCUACGAUCACCCUAACAGCCUCGAACGACCGGUGAAACCUGGCCAAUUCGACGCCUCAACCAACGAACCACCCGCCGAAUACCUUCGAGUCUGCCCAGGCAGCACCACCGCGACCAUGCCGGUUCCCUUCGAGGCUCUCCUUCCCUAUGUCAUCAUGACUGGCAUGUUCGCCGUCUCUGGUACCGGACUUGCCGUCAUCAAGACCUGGCAAAACGAGGGAAAGCGACCGCGCUACUCCGUUGACCAGUGGGACAAGCAAAGUAUGAUGCACCCCAAACGAGACGUGAUGGAUCGCGAUCGUCGGCUCACCGGGUCCCUACGAGGACAGACAGAUAAAGCAGUGGCCCCUCCAGGCUUCGAACUGAACAACCCUUGGAAGUUGGAAUCGCGCUUCCUGUGA